UACCUCCCGCCGCUCCUCACGGGCUCGCCGAGCGGAGGACGCGCGCCGCUCAAGGUCUCUCCCCGCACCUCUUCCGCGGCUCCUGACUCCGGGCGCCUCUGUCCGGGUCCGUCGUCUUCCCUCCGUGUCCGGCCGGGACGCCGCCGCCGCCGCCGCCGCCUGAGGGACCGGCGGGCAGGAGCCGGACGGAGCGCGGCGCCCGCGCGACCCCGACCCCCCGGGCCUCCGGGCCCAGGAGCCCCGCUGCGGCGCCGGGCGUGCGGGACCCCAAGUUCGUGCAGCGGGAAGCGCGACUUUUCAAGGUGAACUAUGACCACUUUACUCCUCCUGUUGGUGACCCUCAGGGUCACGGCCGCCGCCGCCAUCUCCAUACAAGUCUCAGUCCCUGACAACUCGCUGAGUGUCAGCAUCCCAGAGCCGUCCCCGCUGCGGGUCCUGCUGGGCACCUCGCUCACCAUCCCCUGCUACUUCAUGGACCCCGUGCACCCCGUGACCACGGCGCCCGCCACGGCCCCGCUCACCCCGAGAAUCAAGUGGAGCCGCGUCUCCGAGGAGAAGGAGACGGUGCUGCUGGUGGCCACGGACGGGCAGGUGCGGGUGCCCGCCGCCUUCCAGGACAAGGUCUCGCUGCCCAACUACCCCGCCAUCCCCAGCGACGCCACCCUGGAGCUCCAGAACCUGCGCUCCAACGACUCCGGGGUCUACCGCUGCGAGGUCACGCACGGCAUCGAGGACGGCGAGGCCACCGUGGAGGUCCUGGUCAAAGGCAUCGUGUUCCACUACAGAGCCAUCUCCACACGCUACACCCUGGACUUCGACAGGGCGCAGCGGGCCUGCCUGCAGAACAGCGCCAUCAUCGCCACGCCCGAGCAGCUGCAGGCCGCCUACGAGGACGGCUUCCACCAGUGCGACGCCGGCUGGCUGGCCGACCAGACCGUCCGGUACCCCAUCCACGUCCCUCGGGAAGGCUGCUACGGGGACAAGGACGAGUUUCCCGGGGUGAGGACCUACGGCAUCCGCGACACCAACGAGACCUACGACGUGUACUGCUUCGCCGAGGAGAUGGAGGGCGAGGUCUUCUACUCGACGUCUCCAGAGAAGUUCACCUUCCAGGAGGCCGCCAGCGAGUGCCGGCGGCUGGGCGCCCGGCUGGCCACCACGGGCCAGCUGUACCUGGCCUGGCAGGGCGGCAUGGACAUGUGCAGCGCCGGCUGGCUGGCCGACCGCAGCGUGCGCUACCCCAUCUCCAAGGCCCGGCCCAACUGCGGGGGCAACCUGCUGGGCGUGAGGACCGUGUACCUGCACGCCAACCAGACGGGCUACCCCGACCCCUCGUCCCGCUACGACGCCAUCUGCUACACAGGUGAAGACUUCAUGGACAUCCCCGAGAACUUCUUCGGGGCGGGCGGCGAGGAGGACAUCACGGUGCAGACGGUGACCUGGCCCGACGUGGAGCUGCCUCUGCCCCGGAACAUCACGGAGGGCGAGGCCCGGGGCAACGUGAUCCUCACGGUGAGGCCCAUCUUCGGCGGCGGCGGCGGCGGCGGCUCCCCCACCACGGCCCCCGAGCCCGGGGAGCCCCUCAUCCAGGCCACCGCCCUCCCCGAGGCUGAGACCCGGACCGGGGCGGCCUCCAGGCCCUGGGCCUUCCCCGGAGCAUCCACGCCGGGCCGGGGCCCCUUCACCGGCGAGGACCUGGUGGUGCAGGUGACGGCAGCCCCCGGAGAAGCCCAGGUGCCCGGGCAGCCACGACUGCCAGGGGGGGUCGUGUUCCACUACCGGCCCGGCUCCGCCCGCUACGCGCUGACCUUCGCGGAGGCCCAGCAGGCCUGCCUGCGCACCGGUGCCGUCAUCGCCUCGCCCGAGCAGCUGCAGGCCGCCUACGAAGCCGGCUACGAGCAGUGCGACGCCGGCUGGCUGCAGGACCAGACCGUGAGGUACCCCAUUGUGAGCCCGAGGACCCCGUGCGUGGGCGACAAGGACAGCAGCCCCGGGGUCCGGACCUACGGCGUGCGCCCCCCGUCGGAAACCUAUGAUGUCUACUGUUACGUGGGCAAGCUCGAAGGAGAGGUGUUCUUCGUCACACGCCCGCAGCAGUUCACCUUCCAGGAGGCCGUGGACUUCUGCCAGUCCCACAACGCCUCGCUCGCCUCCACCGGCCAGCUCUACGCCGCCUGGAGCUUCGGCCUGGACAAGUGCUACGCCGGCUGGCUGGCCGACCGCAGCCUCCGCUACCCCAUCGUCACCCCCCGGCCGGCCUGCGGAGGGGACAAGCCCGGCGUGAGGACCGUCUACCUCUACCCCAACCAGACGGGCCUCCUGGACCCGCUGUCCCGGCACCACGCCUUCUGCUUCCGAGGUGUCUCACCUGCGCCCUCUCCAGGAGAAGAUCGGGGUGGCACGCCCACACCGCCCUCAGACGUGGAGGACUGGGUCACCCCCCAAGUGGGGCCCGGCGUGGCUGCUGUCCCCUCUGGGGAGGAGACCACCGCCGUCCCAGACUUCACCGCGGAGCCAGAAAACCGCACGGAACAGGAGCGAGCCUACACCCCAGCGGGCACCUUGCCGCUGCCAGGGGUCCCUCCUACAUGGCCUUCCGGGAGCACAGCCCCAGAGGAGAGCACAGAAGGCCCUUCAGCCACAGAAGUGCCCUUGGCCUCGGAGGAGCCAUCCCCCUCAGAAAUGCCAUCCCCCUCCCAGGAGCCAUCCCCCGCGGAGACACCAUCCCCCUCGGAGGAGCCGUUCCCCUCCCAGGAGCCGCUGUUCACACCUUCACCCCCGGUGCCCAGCGGCAUGGAGGUUCCGGGCUCCGGGGAGCCAUCUGGGGCCCCGGAAGCCAGUGGCGACUUCUCAGCCAGUGGAGAAGCCUCUGGACACCCGGGCGCCACGGGGCAGCCCCCGGAAGACCUCGACUCCCGUGGAGUCACCUUGCCUGCGGGCUCGGGCCUGCCAGUGGGGAGUGGGCUGGCCUCGGGGGAUGAAGAUGGAGUCACGUGGUCCAACACGUCUCAAGUGGGCCGGCUGCCUCCUGGGGGUGAGGGUCUGGAAGGCUCUGCCUCCGGAGGAGAGGACCUGGGUGGACUUCCUUCUGGAGAUGAUACUCUUCCAGAAACUACUGCCUCUGGAGUAGACCUGGGUGGACUUCCUUCUGGAGGUGAGACUCUUCCAGAAACUACUGCCUCUGGAGUAGACCUGGGUGGACUUCCUUCCGGAGGUGAGACUCUUCCAGAAACUACUGCCUCUGGAGUAGACCUGGGUGGACUUCCUUCUGGAGGUGAGACUCAUCCAGAAACUACUGCUUCUGGAGUAGAGGAUCUUGGUGGACUUCCUUCUGGAGGUGAGACUCUUCCAGAAAGUUCUACCUCUGGAGUAGACCUGGGUGGACUUCCUUCUGGAGGUGAGACUCUUCCGGAAAGUUCUACCUCUGGAGUAGACCUGGGUGGACUUCCUUCUGGAGGUGAGACUUUUCCAGAAACUACUGCUUCUGGAGUAGAGGAUCUUGGUGGACUUCCUUCUGGAGGUGAGACUCUUCCAGAAAGUUCUACCUCUGGAGUAGACCUGGGUGGACUUCCUUCUGGAGGUGAGACUUUUCCAGAAACUACUGCUUCUGGAGUAGAGGAUCUUGGUGGACUUCCUUCUGGAGGUGAGACUCUUCCAGAAAGUUCUACCUCUGGAGUAGACCUGGGUGGACUUCCUUCUGGAGGUGAGACUUUUCCAGAAACUACUGCUUCUGGAGUAGAGGAUCUUGGUGGACUUCCUUCUGGAGGUGAGACUUUUCCAGAAACUACUGCUUCUGGAGUAGACCUGAGUGGACUUCCUUCUGGAGGUGAGACUCUUCCGGAAAGUUCUACCUCUGGAGGAGAGGACCUCAGUGGACUUCCUAGUGGAGGUGAGGGUCAUCUGGAGACGUCUACCUCUGGUGUAGACCUGGGUGGACUUCCUUCUGGAGGUGAGACUUUUCCAGAAAGUUCUACCUCUGGAGUCGACCUGAGUGGACUUCCUUCUGGAGGUGAAACUCUUCCAGAAAGUUCUACCUCUGGAGUCGACCUGAGUGGACUUCCUUCUGGAGGUGAGACUCUUCUAGAAGGUUCUGCCUCUGGAGGAGAGGACCUCAGUGGAUUUCCUAGUGGAGGUGAGACUCAUCUGGAAUCGUCUACCUCUGGAGUAGACCUGGGCGGACUUCCGUCCGGAAGAGACGGCCUGGGGCCCUCUGCUUCCGGAGCAGGGGAGGACCUCGGUGGCCUUCCUUCUGGAGGAGAGGGCCUGGAGGCCUCUGCCUCUGGCCCCGAGGACCUCAGCGGGAGCGACGGCUGGACGGGGUCCGCUUCCGGAGACGUGGACCUGGGCGGCAGACCUGGAACCCUCGGGAGCGGGCAGGCCCCGGACGCCAGCGGCCGUCCCUCGGGAUUCGGCGGGGAGUAUUCCGGCGUGGACCUCGGAAGCGGCCCCUCCUCCGGCGCCCCGGACGCCAGCGGGCUCCCGACCGUCUCCCUGGUGGACACCACGCUGGUGGAGGUGGUCACAGCCCCCACCGCGGGGGGGCAGGAAGGCCGGGGCACCAUCGGCGUGAGCGGCGCCGGCGAGGUAUCCGGGCUGCCCUCCGGCGAGCUGGACAUCAGCGGGGAUGCCAGCGGGCAGCCCUCGGGAUCUCCCGACAUCAGCGGGGAAACCUCCGGAUCCUUUGGGGCCAGUGGCCAGCCCUCCGGAUUCCCCGACGUCAGCGGGGCGACAUCUGGGCUCUUUGAGCUCAGCGGGCAGCCCUCGGGCCCUCCGGAGGAAGCAUCCGGAAUGGCCGAGCUCAGCGGGCAGCCCUCGGGGCAGCCGGGCGCCAGCGGAGACGCUUCCGGGGACCUCGGCAGCGGCCGCCCCUUUGGCAUCGUCGACCUGAGCGGGGAGCCGUCCGGGGUCCCCGAGCUCAGCGGGCAGCCGUCAGCGGCGGCGGGGUGGCCAUGGUUCAGCGGGACCCCCUCGGGGAUCCCCGACCCGGGUUCCAGUGCGGCGAGCGGCAGCGGCGACGCCUCUGGGGUCACGUUCGUGGACGGCCCUCUGGUGGAGGUGACCCCGACCCCGUUUGGGGGAGCAGAAGAAGGUUUGGGGUCCGUGGAGCUCAGCGGCCUCCCUUGGGGGGAGACGGACCUCUCGGGCACGGCGGACGCCAGCGGGCAGCCGUCCGGGGCCCCGGACGCCAGCGGGUGGACGCCGGUGCCUCCGGACCUCAGCGGCCUGCCCAGCGGGGAAGCCUCGGGAGCCGAGGCGGGGAGCGGCGGCCUGCCCUCAGGAGCCUACGGCGGUGGCAGCAGCAGCGGCUUCCCCACCGUCUCGCUCGUGGACAGGACCCUGGUGGAAUCCGUCACCCGGCCUCCGACGGCCCAGGAGGCGGGAGAGGGGCCUUCGGGCAUCCUGGAACUCAGCGGCGCCCAUUCCGGAGACCACUCGGGACUGCCCGGGCUCGGCGGGCUGCCGUCCGGGCUGGGCGAGCCCUCGAGCACCCCCUAUUCCAGCGGGGACUUCUCGGGCGCCCCGGAAAUCAGCGGGGAGUCUUCGGCCACCGCGGCCGUCCCCGGCGGGGAGGCCUCGGGGCUGCCCGACGUCACUUUGAUCACGUCUGAUUUCGUCGAGGCGGUCACCGCGCCGACGGUCUCCCAGGAACUGGGCCAGGGACCCCCUCUGACACACGCCCCCCAGAUUUUCGAGGCCAGCGGAGACGCCUCCACCUCGGGGGACCUCAGCGGAGCCACGCCUGGCUUCCCCGGGUCGGGGGCCGAAGCGUCGUCGUCGUCGUCGUCGGUCCCAGAAUCCGGCAGCGAGACGCCUGCUUAUACGGAGGCCGGGAUGGGGGCGUCUGCGGCUCCGGGGACCCCCGACGUGGGGGAAACCACCCCCGCCGUCCACGAAGCGGACCUGGAGGGAGUCUCAGGCCUCGGGGUGAGCAGCAGCCCCUUCCCCUCCCAGGAAGGGCCCACGGAGGGCUCCGCCCCGUCGGGGAUGAGCGGAGAGCCGACCGCGGCCUACGAGGCGGCCACAGAGACCUCGGGCUGGCCUCCCGCCGCUCCCCUGGCUUCCGGGGACGGGACGGAAAUCAGCGGAGACCUUGCGUCCGGGCAGGCCUCGGGGCUGGGCGUUGUCAUUGGGACCAGCGCCCCGGAGUUCGAAUGGACCCAGCAGACCCAGCGCCCUGCAGAGGCGCACCUCGAAACGGAGUCCUCGAGCCCCUGGCACUCGGGAGAAGAGGCCCAAACAGCCCAGACAGCCGUCUUCCCGACGGACGCUUUUUCCAUCCCAGCCUCGGCAGAAGGGACGGAAGGAUCGGAGGCAACCACCACAGACAUUGAUGAGUGCCUCUCAAGCCCUUGUGUGAAUGGAGCCACCUGCCUGGACGCCAUCGACUCUUUCACAUGCUUAUGCCUUCCCAGCUACCGAGGGGACCUGUGUGAGAUCGACCAGACGCUGUGCGAGGACGGCUGGACCAAGUUCCAGGGCCACUGCUACCGCCACUUCCCGGAGCGCGAGAGCUGGGUGGACGCCGAGAGCCGCUGCCGGGAGCACCAGGCCCACCUGAGCAGCAUCGUCACCCCCGAGGAGCAGGAGUUUGUCAACAACAACGCUCAGAACUACCAGUGGAUCGGCCUCAACGACCGGAGCAUUGAAGGGGACUUCCGCUGGUCAGACGGACACUCCCUGCAAUUUGAGAACUGGCGCCCCAACCAGCCGGACAACUUCUUCGCCUCCGGGGAGGACUGCGUGGUGAUGAUCUGGCACGAGAAGGGCGAGUGGAACGACGUGCCCUGCAACUAUCACCUGCCCUUCACGUGCAAGAAGGGCACAGUGGCCUGCGGAGAGCCCCCCGCGGUGGAGCACGCCAGGACCUUCGGCGGGAAGAGGGAGCGCUACGAGAUCAACGCGCUGGUGCGGUACCAGUGCGCCGAGGGCUUCGUCCAGCGCCACCUGCCCACCAUCCGGUGCCUGCCCAGCGGGCGCUGGGAGGAGCCCCGCGUCACCUGCACAGACCCCGCCACCUACAAGCGCCGACUACAGAAGCGGAGCCCCCGGGCUGCCCGGAGGAACCCCAGCACAGCCCACUGAGAGGACCCCGGCCGCCCCCCGGAUGCUGAGCCCAGACAGAGUCCGUCCCCUCGGACGGCGUCCUCCUCCCGUCGCUUUCCGCCGUCUAAGGAACCCCGAGAAAGAAGGAACACGUGAAAUCCCAGUGUGUAUGCCCCCGCCCCGCCCCACCCGCCCGGAACGGCCAAACACACGCAUCGGACGCCCCCUCCACCCCCCCCAACCCCCCCAAACACAUGCCAAAGCGAAGCAGACGUAUGUAACCGGUGGACCGAGUGUAGACGUUUCUGGACCCUCCCGACAUGCCCUUUCAGGGACCAGAGCAGGGACAGGGAGCAGAGGGGGGGGAUUAAUUUAAAUAAUAAAGAAGAUUAUUUUCUGUUUGCUGACUUUAUACAAGAGCAGUGCAAUUGAUCGCUGGUUCUUCCCGACCUCCAGGGAGAGCUAGGGAGGAGGGAGGAGGGGCGGGAGGAGCUGGGAGGGGCAGAGGCCCGGGGCAGGAA